UAGUAAAUUUAUGUGUGUUAGUAUUAGUUUCAAUUUCAAAAGCAUGGGCUUUUGUUUUUGUACAAUAAAAUUUUAAUGUACGUUUUUAUUUAAUUAUUUACAUGUAUUGCCACAUAUAACUGAUAAAGAAGUAAUCAAAACGUGACAUGUCGCUACCGCUCCCUAACAAGCCGCCAGGAAAAAGUUGGAGAGAAAUAAAUCAAGAAAAGAAAGCAUUAAAGCGUCAACGUAAUGAAGAGAAGAUUGUGAAACGAGAAAAAAGGAUUGCUCUAGAAAAAGAACUAGAAGAAAAAAAUAAAGAGGAAGUCGCUAAAGAAACAAAAAACUCACAAAUAUCUACAAUAAGCAUAGCAGUCCCUGGUUCAAUUUUGGAGAAUGCUCAGUCUCCGGAGCUACGUACUUACUUAGCUGGACAAAUAGCUCGGGCGGCUUGUGUGUUUUGUGUCGACGAAAUUAUCGUUUACGACGAUAUGGGAGAGAAAUUAAAUACAAAAAAAUCUAAGUUAGAGAGCAUGGACGGUAUCACCGUUGCAAGAAAGAGUUGCGUACAGUUGGCUCGCAUUUUGCAAUAUUUAGAAUGUCCGCAGUACCUACGCAAACAUUUCUUCCCCCUUCACAAAGAUUUGGAAUUUGCAGGACUGCUCAACCCUCUGGAUGCACCUCAUCACUUGCGUACAUCCAAUGAUUUCAAGUUUAGGGAAGGAAUCACCAUGAAUAAAAAAGUAAAGCCCGGCAAGGGAUCGCAGGUCAAUGUUGGAUUGUUAAAAGAUGUAUCUACUGAUAAACUACUGAAUCCUGGAAUUCGAGUUACAGUGAGAAUGUUGCCCGUAGUGGAGGGAAGCAAAAAGCUUAAGGGACAAAUUGUCAGUUUACAAACACCAAGGGCUGAAACUGGAGUAUAUUGGGGAUACACUGUGAGAAUUGCAAAUACACUUGGCCAAGUAUUCACACAGUGUCCUUACAAAGAGGGUUAUGAUAUGACAAUUGGAACAUCUGACAGAGGUACAUCUAUUGAUGAAAUAUCUGAAAAGGAUAUAAAAUAUAAUCAUGCACUAAUAGUCUUUGGUGGCUUGCAUGGAAUUGAAACAGCUUUGGAAACUGAUGAACUGUUGCAAGUUGAUGAGGCGAGCUUGCUAUUUAAUCACUACAUCAAUGUGCUACCGAGUCAAGGAUCAAGAACUAUUCGCACAGAGGAAGCAAUACUCAUAGCACUUUCGGGAUUGAGGACAAAAAUGAAAGCUAAUAAUGAACCUAUGGCUUUUAAAGAGAGUGGAAUAGCUCUCAGUUCAUCAUUCUCAUAUGAGAAUAAAAAAAAUGACAUAACAAACAGCAGUGCUGGUAAUAUAGACCUAAGUAAAUUUGAUUGA